GGGCGGGGCGGGGGCGGGUCCGGGGGCGGGGCCCAGGCGGGGGCGGGCAUUCUAGGUGGCUGCAGCGAGCGACUCUCCUUCUCCAGCCUCCCCUGCGAUCGGCAGCACCCGGCUCCGACCUCCGACUUCCGGGCUCCAGCCCAAGAACUGACCGAGACUGAGUGUUUGGCAAGCAGGCCGGUUUGACAGCCGCAGCCCGGCGUCCCACCUCCACGCAGCAAGUCGGGUGCAGCAUAGUUCCCCCCCCCCCCCCCGCCGCGCCCCAGCAUCGCCGAAAUGAGGAGCAGGAGCAAUUCCGGGGUCCGCUUGGACGGUUACGCUAGGCUGGUGCAGCAAACCAUCCUGUGUUACCAGAAUCCCAUCACGGGGCUGCUGUCUGCCAGUCAUGAACAGAAGGAUGCCUGGGUGCGAGAUAAUAUCUACAGCAUCCUGGCCGUGUGGGGCCUGGGCAUGGCCUACCGCAAGAAUGCCGACCGUGAUGAGGACAAGGCCAAAGCCUAUGAGUUGGAGCAGAAUGUGGUGAAACUCAUGCGGGGUCUUCUGCAGUGCAUGAUGAGACAGGUGGAUAAAGUGGAGAAGUUCAAGCACACUCAGAGUACCAAGGACAGCCUGCACGCCAAGUACAACACCGCCACCUGCAGCACCGUGGUGGGUGAUGACCAAUGGGGCCACCUUCAGGUGGAUGCCACCUCCCUCUUCCUCCUGUUCCUGGCCCAGAUGACUGCUUCAGGUUUACGUAUUAUUUUCACCCUCGAUGAAGUUGCCUUCAUACAGAAUCUUGUUUUUUAUAUAGAAGCUGCAUAUAAAGUUGCUGAUUAUGGAAUGUGGGAACGUGGCGAUAAGACUAAUCAGGGCAUUCCAGAAUUGAAUGCAAGCUCUGUAGGAAUGGCCAAGGCAGCACUUGAAGCAAUUGAUGAACUGGAUCUUUUUGGAGCCCACGGAGGACGCAAGUCAGUGAUCCAUGUCCUGCCUGAUGAGGUUGAACACUGCCAGUCUAUUCUGUUCUCCAUGCUGCCAAGAGCAUCGACGUCUAAAGAGAUUGAUGCUGGACUUCUUUCUAUUAUUUCUUUCCCGGCCUUUGCAGUGGAAGAUAUGAACCUUGUGAAUGUGACCAAAAAUGAAAUUAUUUCGAAGCUCCAGGGGCGUUAUGGAUGUUGUCGCUUCCUUCGAGAUGGUUAUAAAACCCCAAGAGAGGACCCAAACCGAUUGCAUUAUGACCCUGCAGAACUCAAGCUCUUUGAAAACAUUGAAUGUGAAUGGCCUGUGUUCUGGACAUACUUCAUAAUUGAUGGGGUCUUCAGUGGUGACGCUGUUCAGGUCCAAGAAUACCGAGAGGCCCUGGAGGGAAUAUUAAUCAGGGGCAAGAAUGGGAUCCACCUGGUGCCAGAACUCUAUGCCAUCCCACCUAACAAGGUAGACGAAGAGUAUAAGAAUCCUCACACGGUGGACAGAGUUCCUCUGGGGAAGCUGCCCCAUCUGUGGGGUCAGUCCUUGUACAUCCUCAGCUCACUCUUGGCAGAGGGAUUCCUUGCCACUGGUGAAAUUGACCCCUUAAAUAGAAGAUUUUCCACUUCUGUUAAGCCUGAUGUUGUGGUACAAGUGACUGUUCUGGCAGAAAACAACCACAUUAAGGACUUGUUGAGGAAGCAUGGGAUAGACAUCCAGAGUAUUGCUGACAUUCACCCAAUCCGAGUCCAACCAGGCCGGAUCCUUAGUCACAUAUACGCCAAGCUGGGACGCAAUAAGAAUAUGAAAUUGAGCGGGCGACCAUAUAGGCACAUUGGCGUCCUUGGAACAUCUAAACUCUAUGUGAUUAGGAACCAAAUAUUUACUUUCACACCUCAGUUUACCGACCAGCAUCACUUCUAUCUGGCCCUGGACAACGAGAUGAUCGUGGAGAUGCUGAGGAUUGAGCUGGCUUACUUGUGCACCUGCUGGCGGAUGACGGGCAGACCCACGCUCACCUUCCCGAUCUCCCACACCAUGCUCACAAAUGAUGGCUCAGACAUUCAUCCUGCAGUUCUUUCUACAAUUAGAAAACUAGAGGAUGGAUAUUUUGGAGGAGCUAGAGUAAAAUUAGGGAGCCUUUCGGAAUUUCUCACCACGUCUUUCUACACGUAUCUGACCUUCCUGGAUCCAGACUGUGAGGAAAAGUUAUUUGAUGAUGAUUCCAACGAAGGGAGCAUCAGUCCUGAUAGCGAUUCAGAUUUGGGAGGAUAUUUCGAAGAGUCUUACAAUCGAGAAAGCCAGGAUGAACUUGACCAGUAUAUCAACAAUCUCCUGCAGAGCACAUCCUUGAAAUGCUACCUGCCCUCUCUUCGUAAGAAGACUUCAGAAGACACCCAUGUUUUCAGUGCUAUCCACUCCACACGGGAUAUACUUUCCGUGAUGGCAAAAGCAAAGGGUUUGGAAAUUCCAUUUGUUCCUAUGACUUUGCCAACUAAAGCUCUAAAUACACACCGUAAAUCGCUGAAUCUUGUUGAUUCUCCUCAUCCACUCCUAAAACAGGGUCCGGUCCCCGAAGGUGACUUCCAGUGGCCCAGAGAUGGUCAUGGCGAUAUGGACUGUGAGAAGCUGGUCGAGCAGCUGAAAGACUGUUCAAACCUACAGGACCAAGCAGACAUUCUGUACAUUCUGUAUGUGAUAAAGGGCCCCAGCUGGGACACAAAUCUCUCCGGACAGCAUGGAGUCACAGUUCAAAACCUCCUCAGUGAGCUCUACGGGAAAGCUGGCCUGAACCAGGAGUGGGGUUUGAUCCGCUACAUCUCUGGCCUGCUCAGGAAGAAAGUGGAGGUCCUGGCCGAGGCCUGCACAGACCUGCUGUCCCACCAGACGCAGCUCACAGUGGGCCUGCCGCCAGAGCCUCGGGAGAAGAUCAUCUCUGCGCCUCUUCCCCCGGAGGAGCUCACAAAACUCAUCUAUGAAGCCAGCGGGCAGGACAUUAGUAUCGCUGUCCUCACACAGGAGAUUGUGGUCUACUUGGCCAUGUACGUCCGGGCUCAGCCCAGCCUCUUCGUGGAGAUGCUCCGGCUCCGGGUCGGACUGAUCAUUCAGGUGAUGGCCACGGAGCUGGCGAGGAGCCUGAACUGUUCAGGAGAAGAAGCUUCUGAAAGUUUAAUGAACCUCAGCCCUUUUGAUAUGAAAAAUCUCCUGCAUCAUAUUCUAAGUGGAAAGGAAUUUGGCGUUGAGAGAAGCAUGCGACCUAUCCAUUCUUGUACAUCCAGCCCUGCCAUCUCUAUCCAUGAGGUGGGACAUACAGGAGUCACCAAAACUGAGAGGAGUGGCAUCAGCAGGCUAAGAAGUGAGAUGAAACAGAUGACUAGGCGAUUUAGUACCGAUGGACAGCUCUUUUCUGUGAGCCAGGCCUCAUCCAGCACCUCGCAUUGCUUCAAGUCUAUGAGGUCCAGCACCCCACCUUCGCCCACUGGCACAUCAUCGUCAGACUCAGGAGGGCAUCACAUUGGCUGGGGGGAGCGACAGGGCCAGUGGCUGCGCAGGAGAAGGCUGGAUGGGGCCAUCAACAGGGUGCCUGUGGGAUUCUACCAGAAGGUGUGGAAGAUCCUUCAGAAGUGCCAUGGCCUGUCCAUCGAUGGUUACGUGCUCCCGUCCUCAACGACACGAGAGAUGACUCCGCAGGAGAUCAAGUUCGCUGUCCAUGUUGAGUCAGUGCUGAACCGUGUGCCUCAACCCGAGUACCGGCAGCUGCUGGUAGAAGCCAUCAUGGUGCUAACGCUGCUCUCAGACACCGAGAUGAAUAGCAUCGGGGGCAUCAUCCACGUGGACCAGAUCGUGCAGAUGGCCAACCAGCUGUUCCUGCAGGACCAGAUGUCGAUUGGCGCCAUGGACACCCUGGAGAAAGACCAAGCCACAGGCAUUUGCCACUUCUUUUACGACAGUGCUCCAAGCGGGGCUUAUGGGACAAUGACCUAUCUAACAAAGGCAGUGGCUUCUCAUUUGCAAGAAUUGCUGCCCAAUUCAGGCUGCCAGAUGCAAUAGUGCCUUGGUGCUGUGAGUCUGUCACUUGCCCCCUAGCCUCAUUGGGAACUCUCUUCUGUGCCCAAGAUCCCCUGUGCUGUCACAAAAGCAUGUCCCAUUAGAAACACUGGAAGAGCCCAGCCAGCGUGGCUAAGUGGUUAAGUGUCAACCUAUGAACCAGGAGGUCACAGUUCGGUUCCCAGUCAGAGCAUAUGCCAGGGUUGUGGGCUCGAUCCCCAGUGUGGGGUGUGCAGGAGGCAGCCGAUUAAUGAUUCUCUCUCAUCAUUGAUGUUUCUAUCUCUCUCCUUCUCCCUUCCUCUCUCUGAAAUCAAUAAAAACAUAUUUUUCAAAAAACACUGGCAAGGCAGAAAUGGCAGUGACCUGAAAACAGUAUAUGUCCAAGCCAAAGAAAGAACAGGAAUCCUGUUGCUUCGAGUGGCAUAGGAUUAUUGUCCAGGUCUAUUUUGCUAGAACAUUUUGUCAUAGCAUCUGUUCUCCUGGAGUCUAAGGAGGAAUUGGAAACUGGUAUCUUUUGAGUGCAAUAUGAACUAAAAAUCCAUCUUAAAUUGGCUCUCAUAGAGAGUUACCAAAAUAGGUUUGGUGAGCUACUGCACAUGUUGAAGAUCCUUCUAGUACAGUGGUCGGCAAACUGCAGCUCCCGAGCCACAUGCAGCUCUUUGGCCCCUUGAGUGUGGCUCUUCCACAAAAUACCAUGGCCUGGGGGAGUCUAUUUUGAAGAAGCGGCAUUAGAAGAAGACCUUGACAAGGGGUAGUCUGUCUGUGGAUCGAACUGUUUUCUAAAUAGAGCAACUCUUUCUGGGGAAGUUUGCUUUUUCUCAUGGCUUUCUUUCUUUCUUGACCUCUUGUUUCAUUGGCAUGGCUGCCUUCAUUAAUUUUAGCUCAUGGUCUUCAAGGAGUUUAUCCUGACUGGCCAUGAAUUAGGGGUUUCUCCUGCUUUCUGAAAAAAUCCCACAUUUUCCAGAAUCUAGCAAAACAAACAGAAUGGUGGCAGCGGAGUGAACUGUUCUUAUUAGGUAAGCCAGCUGUUGUUUGGGGGCUCAAGCGGGCAGAGAGUCCCUCUGGAAGGCCUGUGCCCCAUCUCAUCACUCUCCCACCCCAGCUGUACCUACCCCUGUUCUCUGGGGGGAGCCAGGUGUUGAGUAUGCAACACCAGAGGUCAUGGAAAUUGAUGGUGGUGUGCUCCCACAAAAGCAAUGCCUCUCUAUUAUGAUAAAGCCAGGCUGGGGGCUGGGGACUCAAGCCCUUCUCAUGUAAGCACUGCCAUCUUAAUACUCUCAGGGAGGUGUGGCUAGUGGCCUUGGUUUUAGAGGAGCCAGGAUAAGACCUGACCCAACAGGGUCUUGUCAAUCUUUUGCCAAUAACCUGGG